AAAGUAAGAAGUAAAUGAUAAUUGUAUGGUGGUAAAGCGUCUUUAGUUACAUUACAUGUAUGUUGUUUUUCACUCUAAAUGAAGUAUUACAUAUUAAAUGCCUAUUUGAUAUUUGAAAGUAUGCAAGCGUAUAGCAUUAACUUUUUAUUGUUGUUUUGUUAGUAAUUAUGAUAAAUAUAUUAAAAAUUAGAGAUGAAGACUCCCUGGGCAUGGCGUCUUAGACUAUAAUAUACUUUAAAUUAAACUAUAACUAAGUUUAAAUUUAAACACUGAAAUAUAAAAAUUCAAAACACUGAAAUCAGUGUCAUUGUCAGUCAUGAUCAUAUCAUAAUCAUUCUGAUGAAAGUCAUACUACUCAUACUGUGAUGUAGUCUAAUUUGACUAAGAGUCUUAAUUAAACUUUGAACACUUAACCUUGUAGUUUGGUGCUUCGCCGCUGUUGACAUUCACAAUUACCUGGGCCUGGGCAUUGAAAUUAAAUUAAUACUUAUCUUACCACACGCUAUUUGAAAAGAAUUAACAAAAUUUAGUAAAAAGGAUGUUAAGCUAAUUGUAUACAUUUUUAACAUAUUGAAGUGCUCUGAAAAGUACUUGCAAAUGUUCUUACCCAGUAAAAUUGAAUUAAUUUUUAAAGAGCCAAACACUUAAUUUCAAAUAGCCUACCCUGAAACAAGAUAAAAGAGACAUACAAAACUUUUGAAAUGAGAGUUUUCUAACCGCCUAACUACUUAAAUAAAACUUAAUUUUAUAACAGAAUUGUUAUGGCGACCAGGACAAAAAGUGUUGAUAAAACAGGAGAUCAUAAAGCAAGUGAAGCACUCCUGAAACAACGAGUUAAAGAGGUAGUACAAUUAAUUAGUUUUCUGUUGUGUUCCCUUAGAGAGCUGUUUUAAAAAUUAUUAUUUAUACUUAAUUUACCAUUUGCGAAACAAGCAAAAAAUAUUUUAGAAGUUGGAUACCCUGGAUGGCAAUUUAUGUAUUGUUUUGGCCCCACUAUAUUUAUAUGCCGCUGUAGGGUAAUAGGAUGUAAAUGAAGUCUUGAAAAUUGAGUAUUUCUGCAUUUAUAUCUUAGUUUUUAAAGAAUGUGUUGCUUGAAUUUCACAAUGUACAGUGGUUCACAUUUAUCAUAAAAUAAUAUGUGAAUGAAUUCAUAUUGUGAUGAAUAGUUGUCUGAGUCUGAGAUAUUCUAAACAAAUGGAUUUUUACCUUUUUUUUAAUAAAUAAAAAGAAUAACUCAAUUUUUAAGUGAUGACAAUUUUAAAAUUGCUACAGAAAAAAAACAUGCACAUUAACAUAUUAAACUUAAUUAGUCCACAAUUUAGAAGUGUCUAGUUCAUAUUUGAUUGGUAGAUUUGGAAUUGUUUUUAAAAAAAAAUGUUUUUCAGUGUUUUGAAUUACAUUUUGUUUUUUGAAUCACAAAAGGUUUGAAACAAAAAUAGAGAGGAAUGGGAACAAGACAAAUUUUGUUUAAGAUCCUUGAAUGUUACAUUUUAAUGUAAAUUCCUGUUAUUUUUGUCAUAACUAUAUACUAUAUAUUACCAAAGUAAGCUACUUAUUAGAUAUGUUCUUAGCCUAUAUAAAAAUUAUUUCUAGCUAGAGGAUGAAGUCGCAUCUCUUAAACGCAGAUUGGAUGAAUUGCGCAAAGCCAAAAAUACGAAAGUUGUGAAAAGAGAAAGGGAAAUAUUAGAAGUAGGGGUGCCGUUUGGUCGAAGGUAAGAAAAAUAGUUGUCCUUUAUUGUUAAAACACACGCAAAAAUGGAAAAAGCUGUAUAUAAUAUAAUGUAUAUUUUACCUGGCAUCUAUCGGUAACUGUGGUAUUGUGUACAUAUCUAUGAAGCUAAUUUCAUUUUCUUCUUUUAUGACCUUACAAUUUUUUGUUCAAUUAAAUUUUCUUUUAUUUAUGAUUGAUUUUUUUUGGGUACUUUUCCAAUGUUUUUUUUAUUCAAAUUUUCCUUCAGGUGGAAUUAUUUUUCAUUGAGAUGAGCUGUUUCCACAAAAAUCUUAAGGAACAAAUUAAACCCCAUAAUAUAAACCAAGAUAAUGGUCUUAUUAAUUUAUACAGUUUAUAAAGACUCUGUAAUACGUUAAAAAAAGAAUAUGUUUCUCUAUUAAUUUUCUUCUUCUUCUUCUUUAUUUUAAGGGCCCAUGAUCAAUGAAUUGAUCAUUCUGGCUCUUAUAUUAUGCAUAGGUCAAUUGGGUUUAUAAUAUCCUGUAGCUUUAUCUGGCAUUGUAAUGACUAGCAAAAUAAACAUAAUUGCUGAUAAUGCUUUUCAAAUUGAGUAUAAAAACAAUAGUAUAGAUGAAAAUGGGCUGUUAUAGCCAUACUAAAUCUUUGUGCAAGUUUAACAUAACUGAUCAUUUUAUGUGUCUUUGGUAAAAAAAUCAAUGUACUGAGUUUUUUUUAAAGCAUUUUUUUUCCAAAAUUGUGAUGUAUUAACCACAGCCAUUUAAACAAAAUCUCAUUACAUUAAUCUGUUAGUUCAUACACAACCUCUAUGUAAAUGUAGUUCAUAUUAGAUACAAAAAAAAACAAUGAGACAAAUAUCUGUACAAGGCUUGACUCCACGGAAAAUUGUAAGAAAUAAAGCAGUUGUACUCUCCUAAUCAUCUUUAAGGAAGAACAUGCAAUCAUGCUGUUGACCUCAAAAUGAAUAACACAAAAUCAAAAGAAUCUUCAGAAAUAAGUAGGGACGGUGAAUAAAUUCAUAUUUAAUUAGUGCUAGCCAGCAGCUGACUGACAGAAACCCCUAUAGUAACUAUUACCCCAGCGACUAUUCACAGCAAUUAUCAGCUGUUUUCUAUGGUGACGAUUUUCUUAUCCUCUUCCGUGUCUUGAGAGUUCUUGUCUUUUGCUUUACUUGGGAUUGGAUCCAACUCAAAGUUCUCAAGCUCUUUCAUAAUCUCAUCCAUAAAGUCUGUGGAAUUAUGCUUGUAGGCCAAUGCUGCUCUGAUAGAAUCUUUAAAUAACCUGACAACAUUAGUCCCAUCAGCAGCUGACACAUAGUAGAAUGGCAUAUUAUGUUUCUUGGCAAAGGCAAAGGAUUUUUUGGUUGUAUUCAAGUCCUCAUCAAUCUUAUUUGCAGCACACAAACAUGGUAUCUCUGGCCUAUAGGUUUUUAAGUCUUUCAGCCAUUCUGAUAAGUUUUUGUAAGUGAUUUUUCUUGUGCAGUCGAAAACUAGAAUACAUGCAUUUGCUUGAUGGUAAUAUGAUGGAUGCUUGCUGUUGAAACGCUCUUGACCAGCAGUGUCCCAGAAAUCAACUGAGACUGUUUUGCCAUCAAUCUGUGAUUUGUAGUUGAAUAAUGUUAGUGCGAAUGUUGACAACUGUUGUGGUUUAUAUCCAUCCAUGAGAAACCUUUCAACAAGCUUUGAUUUUCCUACAGCGCUGUCACCGAGACAUAUAAUUUUUACGCGUUCUUCUCCUUCAUCUCCCGGCUUGUCAUAGUCUGGUUGAACGUUGGUCGCCAAUUUUGUCUAACAACUCUGGAUAAUUUUUUUAUUCAUUACAGGGAGUCAAAAGACUUAGAUGAUAAAGAAAUAGAGAAGCGAUUACAAGACAAAGAUAAAGAAUGGCACAAAGAAAUGGAUGAAUUAAGACAAAAAUUUGCAGCAGAAGUUGAAAUUUUGAAAAAGAGUCACCCUGAGGUUUGCUGCUAAUAAAACUAACUUUAAAAAUUAUUUCUUUUUCUUUUUUUUUUAACUUCAAUUUAAAACUUGAAUUAAUAUGUUGUAUUUUUAAAACAAUUAAUCACUUAAUUAAUUUUUGUGAUUUUUGUGGUUAGCAAUUUUAAGUGUUUUUGUAUGCACUGUGUUGGUAUUAAAAAAAUUAUGAACAGGAGUCAUCAUGUAGCCAUGAAACAGAGCUCGAGUUCCUUCGGCAAAGAAAUGAGGUGUUAGAAAAUGAUCAUGCAGCAAUAACAUUGCAAAAUAGGGAGCUGAGAGACAGAGUUUUUGUUCUUACGUCAGAUUUAAGUGCCAAGGAAGCCAGCUGGUGCGAGAUGGAAGAAAAAUUCAAAUCUGAAGUAAGCAUUUGCACUCAUGAGCGCCCGCAGAAAACUUUCUAGGGGGGGGGGGGGGCCAAAAAUCCGAUUACUUUCCCGGGGGGGGGGGAAAAAAANUAGCGUAUUUGUAUAGUGAACGAACGGACAGGACAUCAGCUUAGUUACUUUCUCUUUAAUUUCUCUUUACUUUAAUAAAUUUUGUGUAAAAAUUUUUUAUCCAAUCAAUCCAGGGGGGGGGGGCAAGCGCCCCACCUUGCCCCUACCUGUGGGCGCCCAUGUUUGCACUGUACAAUAUUUUAAAGUUAUUAAAGUAGAGAUAGGAAUUUCUGAUAAAUAUCAAUUUCAUGCAGUUUAAUUAAAAAAAAAAUAAAUCUUUCCCAUAUUACCAUUUGAAGCAAAAUAUGACUUUUUGACAUUGUGUUAUUUGAAUAAUGUUAAGAACUCUUUUACAUUAAAUAACAAUGAUUUUAUGCAUUUAAAAAAUAAAAAAUUCUGUUGAUUAUAUUUGCACUCAUAAAAUAAUUUUAGCUACAAAGGUCAUGGGGAGAGAAGUACAAACAAUGGAUGGACCAGACAGAAGCCAAAAUCAGCGACCUGCAGAGAACAAAUGCCCUGUUGUAAGUUGUAAUGGUAACAUUUUUCACAUUUUAUUUUUGUGCUCAAUAAAAAAAAAAAUCUCUGGGGAUAUCAAAGAUGUAGAGUUUCCAAAACACUGGGCACUUGUGGGGUCUGAAAUAAAACAAUAUUUUCCAUCAUAAUACAACUGUUUCUUGUCAACAGCUGAUGAUCAACCAGAAUAUUCAGUGGUAUUUGAUUGCAUUAUCAAAUUUUUCAUAAAAUCCAAAAUUUGUUCUACUUUGAACUAUGGUAAUCUUGCAACUCAUAUUUCCUCACACAGACGAACAUAUCUGAAAAAUCACAAACCGAAUGGUGCUGACCCAACAGGACAAGAUCCCAAUUUUGACAAUCUCUAAAAAUAUCAGCGUGUGAAUUGAUCUGUCUAAAUUAACUUUGAAAUAAACCAAGUUAAGUUCAAGGACCACUGCUACUGAGACACAACCUAGUUCUAGUUCAACUAUUACACUUACUGCUAAUACAUACACAUAUAAUAUAUUUGAAUAAUUUGAUACAAUGGCCUUAUGAACAAUAUAAUGUUUAUUAUUUUCUCCAUAUCCAUUUGAUGUAAUUUGUUUAGUUGAUUAUAGAACAAUGCCAC